AUGGACCGCAAGUUAAACAUGCUCCUCGAAUUGCCGACUAAGGUAAACGGCAUUGAAGAAUCCAUCCAGCUACUCUCAGAUCGCUUUGAUGUCAUACAGCAGCGCCAGGACCGCCAAGAAAAAGAACUCAAAGAUCUUAGGCGGAAAGUGGAGAAUAUUGAAAAAUCCGGCGCCACAAAAGAGCUAGAACAGCUUCAGACUGAUAUCGAGGCACUUGAGUGGCGUAGUAGAAGCCUCAACAUCGAAAUCCACGGUAUUGCUGAAACGAAGGGGGAAGAUCUUCUUGAGAAGGCAGCGAUAUCCUCCGCCCUGCUCUUCGCCGUCCUGGCCAACGCCGGUACUCUCCGCGGUGGAUACGGUGGCGGUGCUAUCGGCGGUCUCGGAGCAGUCGCCGUUGGGAUCGGAGGCGGCUACGCCGGACGUGGCUACGUCGCCGGCGGCGGAUACUAUGGAGGAGGUUACAGGGCCUACGAAGAAAACAGGCCGAGGCCGUACAGCUUCGGCUACGUAGCUCAGGGAGUGGAUGGAUCCAGCUCUCGCCAGGAGGUGGGCGACGGCAGCGGCAGCGUCCAGGGAGAGUACACCCUGAGCACGGCCGAAGGCGGCCAGCGGAAGGUCAAGUACACGGCCGACGCGGGAGGCUUCCGCGCCGUCGUCGACACCAAUGAGCCGGGCACGCAGAGUGAGAGCCCCGCCGACGUGGCCCUGCGGUCGUCAUCGCCACCGGCCUACCUGCUCGCCUCCAAGUACGGUGCUGCCGGGUCGUACGCCGGGGUCAGACCGCGAGCAGUGUACGGAGGCGCCGGCGGGCUGUACGGAGCGGGUGCCGCCGGAUACGGGAGUGCCGGCCUUUACGGAGGUCUCGGCGGCCGAGGCGUCGGAGUGUACGCCGGUGGAGUCGGAGUUCACGGAAAGCACGGCGUCGGCUGGCACUAG